ACACACACACAAACAGGUGGAUAAAUUCACAUACUCAUGCACAGCCCUUCUUUCCCCUCACUAGGCUUUUGAACAGGUGCCUCUGAUUUGCCAGGCGUGCCCUAAUUGUAGAGUAAGAUCUUGUAUAUUUCAGCUGCUUGAGAUGGGCCGGGGUUUUGCGACACGCUACACUGGUGUGGUGCGUGUGCAAAACGGCCUUGUCGAAUGGCGUUUAAAGAGAAACCAAUCCUGACGUGUUGUAUAUUUAUUUGGCUUACCUUUAUUAAAAUUAGUAGUUUUGUGAUAUUUAAUGAGGAAAAACGUCUUGAUUCAGCUGGCUCUUUUGAUAAGAAUGCACGCACAAGAGAGUCAUUUGAUCGAGGGGACCAGAAGCCGAAAUCUGGAGCACAGGUUGGGCGCCUUCUCAUUUGGCAAGACCAAGCUUCAAAAUCACAUGGUGGUGGUAGAGUCAGGUUUUCUUCGGACUUCAGUUCUCGCAGUCAACCCCAUGAGAAUGCAAACCAGUCAGAUGAUUCAGGCUGGAUGAAGCUGCAGCCUCUUUGGGAACAGGUUUAUGGUCUAAACACCCGGUUUACUCCAACAGUGGAAAGGCUACUUGGAAUGAAACCCAAGGUGGAUUGUGAUGGAGAUUUGAUGAAAUUGACGGUUCAUGGACGAGAGGCUCCUUUUGGGUCCAACUUUCUUAUUGAUCGAGGAAGCAUCCCACCGCUUCCAUUGGCACAGUUGCCCUCAGGAUGUGGCCAUAUAUUUUUGAGAACAUGGAGAGACUUUGUUUUUGUUAUACCAUAUAAUGGAUGUUACGUAUCACAAGAGAGAGACACUUUUGUUCUUCCUUUACUUUGGUGGGGAUUGCCUGUGAAAAUGUCUUGUUCCUCACUGACUUCGGCAGAAAGUGAGCCAAUGGUCUCCUGCUACAGUAAUGGCAUGAUUGUGAGGCUGCAUAGAGGAGUUUCCGAGAACCUAAAGAUCAAAGUAAUGAAUGAAUGGCAGCCUCUUCUGAAAGUAUCGGCUAGAUGUGGAUACAGCUUGGUGUCACAUCCAGAAGGUGUGGUCAUCCAUGCCCCAUAUAUGCCAUGCACGGAGCCAAAGGAUGGGGUGUUCACUCUCAGCAUGGCAAUGGAGAGCGAGUUUAAUCUGUCCUGCCCAGCACUGUCGCUUGGUCUUCCUAUGAGUGCACCUGAUCUUGUAUGUGAAAAUGAAUGCAUUUCUGUACCUCAUGCUCUGACUUCAACAACACUCCCUCCCACCACAAUUACUACAACUACUAAAACCACUCAGCCAAAGCAGGCUGCUACAACAAGUUCAACAACUUCCACAAGUUCAGUUCAAAAGUUGGCUACUCCUCCCUUCCCUUAUUACAUCCCUGGCCAGCCAGAUUUUAAACCUGUUCCUCCUAGUUACCCUUUUCUAAUUUUUCCUCCAAACAUACCACCAACGAUUCUUCCUCAAGGUCCCAAAAUUGUGGGCCCCCCAACUGCUAUUACCCAGAGGCCACAAGCACCUAUUUACGCAAAACGUCCUCAAACUUGGUACCCUUGGUACCCUAAGCCCAGCUUAGGUCUUACCCGUGACCCCAGUCAUCAAAGUGCAACUGGGCCACAUUAUCCAAAACUUUUGUUGGCUCCUAUAGCCCCUAUCACUCCCCUACUAAAACCCACAGGUAAUCCUCAAGAUAAGUUGACUUUCACCGCACCCAUUGUCCCUCCUUUGCAGUGGGCGUCUAUGUUUCCUCCCAGCAAUAUGGUAUAUCCUUUAUAUCCUGGAAAACCUGAAUUUGUCACUCCCUCCUCAGCAGUCUUUCCUCAAGUCCCCUACCUGCCUCCUCACUCCCAAACCCAACAAAGACCCUCUGAACCACAUUUUCCACCAAAACCAGAGUCUAAAGCACCUAUACCCACCCCUACGAGAAAGACAGGACCGCAGCUCCUCCACUCUCCACUCCUCUCCUUCCCGCCACAUCGUUCAGAAAUGCCACCCGUUCCUAUAAAAGUUCCGCAGAGUAAUACAGUUUCCACCUCUGGAGCUGUUACUUCCAGUUCAACCACAUAUUCAGAAGAGUCUGACCAAGCUGUACAACCACAAGCUUUUGUGCUUCCAUACCAAUCAGUUGUUAAGGGUCCUCCUAUGAACUUACACUUUGCUUUAACCCCAAGCACUAAUUCUACCCCUUCACUCCCCAAAUUUCCUCAAGUUGUUCACACCCCUACCCCAAUAAAGGCUCCCUCGACUCUAAUUAGUUCAUCCCAUGCACAUUCUUUUCACUGUCCAACUUUCUGCCCUGGAGCCCCUUCAACUUUCUACCACCACCACAACCAUCACCAUUUUGGUCAUCCUCUUCAAAUGUCUAAUCUUGAUGUUUCUAGUAUGACCAAAAUUAAAGGCCAAAUGUUGUCAUCUCCUGUUGAAUCUCCUGGUUCAACCCUUCUUUCCCUUAUUCAGGCUAUGGGUUAUAAUUAUGGCCCACUUUCCUCAAAACGUGCAGUUGUACCACCAGCUUCAGAUUAUACAGCAACGCAAUAUUUGGUGGAGAAUCCCCUCAUUAAGGAUACCGAUGCCCCUGGUACUUCAAAGUAUAUGAAAGGGCCAACCAUGUGGCCCUACAUUUUUAGGAAGUUGGAAUCAACUGCUGCCUCUCCAUGGUCUACAAUGAAACCUGCAAAUGUUGCUCUUGUUAUUCAUCCUUUGGGACCUUCUAAGCUGCAUUCUAGACUCUUACAAAAUAUACCAGUUGCUGAACCUCUUGCUUAUUCAGACCAAAGCCCAGACCCUGCAGUUAACCAGGCUGAGAUACAGCGGUAUUUCUCCCUGUGGGGCCAUGACACACAGCCAAUGUUAGUUGCUCCAAAUAAUAAUGUUCCCUCUUUUGAGAAAAUGGUCCAUCAUGACAUUUCUUCAAAACCUACAAUGCCUCCAACUCAUGGCAAAAAUGUAUUUAUGAAUUACUGGUAUCAAGCUGCUAAUUUGAAUGCCAAGCCCCCUAUGUCUAAUUCUCCCACAAAAGACUCUCUCACCCAGAUGCCAUUACCUCAGCCAUCCAAUAAUCACAAUCCAUUUGAGCCGUCAAAUCAGUCGCCUCAACCAGAGCGAAGUCGUGGCAAGAACCCUCCACUGCAGCUUAAUUUUCAUCCCUUUAUGCAGAUUCACAACUCUGUGCCAGUAAUGAGCCCUCGGCUGUAUUUCCCUCCAAAUGGAGAAUCUAUGGUUCCUGUGUUUAGGAGCCCAAAAUUAUUUCAGACGCACUGGGUUCCUGCUGUUCAAUCGAACAAGGAUGCAUCCACUGCGCUCUGAGGAAUGUGGAGAGCUGGAAACAGUGCUAACUUGCAAUAAAAGUGUUUAAGUGGAAAAACUGUUAUUGGCUUUUCUUUAAAGACCCUUUUUUGUUGUCACACGAGACGUAGAAGAAACAUUUAAAAGAGGUUUGGGGUGGGUUGAAUGUUUAUAUCAGCGAUGUCCAAUCCUGUUCCUGCAUAGCCACCUUCCAGCAGGGUUUAGCUGAGAAACGUGAAAGCAGUGGUCUGUAUAUUUGGUCAUCUCUACCAGAAACCCUACGUCACUUUCUUAGAUGAGCAAGUUACAGAAAAAUAAUGUAUGCAUCCAUACCUCCGUUUGCCUUACAUCUGACAAUGUUUAGCUGUUUUUAUUGUAAAAUGACAGUUUAACGAAGAGUUACUACGUUUUGAAUAGGCUCAGUAUUAGGGUAUAUUACCUGUGAUACACAAUGGCAUUGGAAAUACAGCAUUUAAAAUAAAUACUAGAGAAUCUCUGUCCCACUUAUUUCGUUGUUUUGUUUUUUUCUUUUUGACAAUUUUUAGUUUAAUAAUUUGAAUGUUGUAUAGGCCUAUUGAAGGGGUGUUUAAAAUAUACAGUGUUCAUGAACAGACUUUUUUCUCAAAGCCAUUUCUGUGAAGAGUGUGAUAAAGAUAUGGCCACCGUCCUGUGAGUGUAUGACAUCAAGUGAUCAUUCCUAAUGCGAGAUUUUCAAUCACAAACCUUUUUUGUUCUAAAACCUUUCUAACUAUUUUCACAAUUCCUUAAGGUGAAAACACUGCUUAUUGAUUACAAAAUGCACUAAACACAGACUCAUAAACAUUUGCAUUUUAUUACAGCACCAUAGUAACAGGCACAGCCUUUAUUGCUUCCUUAACAAGAAGGCCAGUUUUGUU